GCUCAGUAAGGCCAGCAUCAGUAGUGGCCACCCCAACAUGCUGUAGCCUCCUCCAAGGAAUAGAGAGAGUCCUUGGCCUCCUCCACUCUGGCCACCUUCGAUCACGUCACACCUCAAAGGUCUUCACAGGGGAGCAAACUUUUAAACGUCGGCCUCUAAAACAUCACCGACGACAAAGGAUGGCUUCCACAUCAUCUCUGCUGUGGGGUAGAGCCUCAUCUAAAUUUGCAUUACAAUAUGUGUGGAAUGUUAGUAGAAGAUUGCAAUCACCAGUCUUCUCAAACACCUUCCAGUGUCGCAGAAGAAUUACAACAACUCCGUUACAGGCAGCAAGGAAGGAACACAAUGAAGAAAAGACAAGUUUAACCAUCCAAGGAUACUUUGCAUCAAAAGAUCGCUCCAAAGAAACAUUUCUCACCGCCUGUGACGUCUUCAGAGACAAAGGCCCACAUCUACGAGGCCAUGUGGAGUUUAUUUAUGCUGCCCUGAAAAACAUGGAGGACUUUGGAGUUCAUAAAGACUUAGAGCUAUAUAAGAAGCUUUUGAAUUUGAUGCCAAAGGGAAAGAUGAUUCCCCAAAAUAUGUUCCAAGUGGAGUUCAUGCACUACCCCAAACAGCAGCAGUGUGCUAUUGACUGUCUUGAGCAAAUGGAAACUCAUGGUGUGAUGCCGGACACAGAGAUGGAGCAGAUUCUCUUGAAUGCUUUUGGUAAAUACAGUCACCCUAUACGCAAGUAUGGUCGAAUGAUGUACUGGAUGCCCAAGUUUAAGAAUGCGUCUCCGUGGCUUCUUCCUGACAUUGCUCCAAAUGAUGCCUUUGAAUUGGCAAAGUUGGCUGUUGCACGAAUGUGUACAGUUGACCCUGCUUCUACACUAUCUGUUUUUGAGACCAAGGAUGUGGAGGACGCCAUAGAGGACACCUGGAUUGUAAGUGGUCAGAGCCUAGUGCAGCAGGACCUGUUGAACAAGCAUUCACCUGAUGAGCCUAUCAAGGUGGAAGGUCCGUUUCGUAUAUUCCUGCGUGAUAAGUGUGUUGGCUACUUCAUUCUUCGAGCUGAAGCCAAACCCCGGCCCCCGCCACUCAAGAGACAAGAGAUUGAUGACGUUGGAGAUCUCAAGUUCUGGUUCACUGGUGAGAUGCAGCCAGAUGAGGAGGUGGCUGUGUCUCAUCCUAUUAGUGUCCACGAACAGGAAGAUGGCACCAUUCUGGCUAUUUGUGCUACAGGUACUUCUGGAAGGAUUCACUCUUGUCUUGGAUCCGGCUGUUGGAGAAUACAAACCCAAACCUGGCCAACAUACCUGUACUGUUUACACAAGCCAGUCCUAUUGGAGAUAUCAUGACCACCGACGAGCAUGAUGAACCUGCAUCAGUGGAAACGGUCUCUUGAAGGUACCUAACUGUCAAAAUGUAUAAAUUGGAUACAGCAGACAGUACUGAUUGUUGUAAAUAAUGUAUUUCUAGUUACAGUAAAAGACAACUCACUGA